UCUUGAGGGGGGAAUCUUAGGAGGGAGCCCUUGGGAGGGGGGCUACUGGGAGCAGGGCUCUUAGGAGGGGGUCUUAGGACGGGGGCUCUUGGGAGUGGGGGUCUCCUGGACUGGAGGGCGAGUGAAUUGGGAGGGCCCCAGGCAGGGGCGGGGUGGCUCUCUGCGGAGAAGGGAGGGCCUAGGGAUGGGACAGGCAGCUGGUGGUUGAAGGGUGGAGGAGCAGGCGGCCCCCUAGUCACAGCCUUGUGCAGAGGAGGGGGAAGGAGUCUGGGAGCAGGCGGCCCCCCAGUCACAGCCUUGUGCAGAGGAGGGGGAAGGAGUCUGGGAGGGCGGCCCUGCUGUCCAGGGCUAGGAGAAGGGAAAGUCAUUGGAAACAGCAGAAACCUGGCUGGGUCAGCACCCAUGGCCCACCCGAGGCUAGGCGGGCACCCCAGCAGGGCAUCUGGCAGCAGUGGGUCCCCAGGAGCAGGCAGUGGGAGCCGUUGGGGUGAGUGAGCUGGCGGGGGUGGCCCAGGGGCAGGGGGCACCUGUCCUGGCCUUUGGUGGCCCAGGCUGGGAUCUCCCUAGGCAGUGCCCCCGUGCUGGUGGCCAGGUGCCUUAAUGCCCACAGGCUGGGUGAGGGCGGGGCCGGAGUUCCAAGGCAGGAAGGUGGGCCCUGAGUGCCCAGGGCAGAGCCAGGCUCCUGCUGCAGGUGGGCAGAGCUGCAGGCAUCAUCAUGAGGGUGCCUGUUGAUGGGAGGAAUGGGCAUGGGGGAGGCAAGGCAGGGUCCUGAGUGUGACCUGCAGCUCCUCAGACCCUCUUAGGACCCUCCUGCCCCCAUCGCAGUCCCCCUCAGGUCCCCUCAGGAUCCCUUCUCCACCCCUGGGGCCCCGUGUCCCCUGCCCAUCCUGUGGUGGUGCCCACCUCCUGCCAAGGGCCCCACGCUCAGGCUGUGAGGACCCCCCUGAACACCUGGCAUGGCUGGAGCCUGUGUGGGGUUCAGAGAGGCCCAGCAGAGGCACUUCGGAGGGGGGAGCCAUGCUGCGGGUGGGUCAGAGGGGCUUUGGAGCAGGGAGCAGCCAGGACAGCACCUUCUUAGUCCCUCUGAAGGGAGCCUGGCAUGGGGCAGGGAAGUCCCCGGAGGUGUGGGGAAGCCCCCUGCCCACCCCACUGCUUCCUCGUUGCAUCCGUGCUGCUUGUCGGCUGCUGAAAGCAGCCUGAGCACCUCGGCAAGCAGUGAGGGUCUCAGGGGCCACAAAUGACUUUUGUGUAGGGACCACAGGAAGGAGCCCGCCAUUGGGUAGGAGGUUUUCAAGUAAGAGAAGUGGCCCAGGCCAGGUGUGGUGGCUCAUGCCUAUAAUCCCAGCACUCUGGGAGGUUGAGGCGGGCGGAUCACAAGGUCAGGAGAUUGAGACCAUCCUGGCCGACAUGGUGAAACCCAGUCUCUACUAAAAAUACAAAAAUUAGCCAAGCAUGGCAGUGCAUGCCUAUAAUCCCAGAUACUUGGGAGGCUGAGGCAGGAGAAUCACUUAAGCCUGAAAGGCAGAGGUUGCACUGAGCCGGGAUCGCACCACUGCACUCCAGCCUUGUGACAGAGCAAGACUCUGUCUCAAAAAAAGAAAAGAAGAGGUGACCUCUGCCAGGGCUGAGGCCUGCAAGACGUCCCCAGGAAGGAGGGGAGGGCCGAAGAGCUGUGGGCGGGAGGGGUCUCCUGCAGCCUAAAGGCUCUGCUGGCCUGGUCUGCACUCUGCCCCUCGGUGCCCUGGCGACUCCUCCCAGGUAGCAAAUGCUGUCUGCUGCCCGCCCAGCCGGCAUAGGGAACAGGCCUCGGCCUUCUCUGCCACCCUCAACCCAAACCACUCCCUGUGGCCCAGUCCCCGCUGGCUGCCCUGGCUUUGGGGGCGGUGGCACCUGGGGCUGGUUCUUGUCGGAAGAUGAGUCUAGGGUCACAUAGGACAUCCCAUUGGGUGUGGGCAGGGCAGGCUGGGGUGGGGCCAUCACAGGAGGCUGGGCAGAGGGUGGGUCUUGGGUGGAGGGGACCCCAGGCCACAGGUGUUGGUCUUGGGCAGCCGCCCUGGGACCCCUGCAGGCCACCUCCUCUACCCCACAGCUGAUGGGCUUUGCCCUCCCCUCCCCUACUGUCCCACACACUCAGUUCUCUGUACACUUUUAUCAUGGAAAAUAUCAAAUACACACAAAGGCAGGUUGUCUAGACAGAGACCCUGUGUCCUGGUCACCAGCCCCUCACGAUGACGCCCCAGGCUUUAGGCAUGAUCAGUUGGGGGAUGGGACUUCCCAGCAGGACGUCCACUUCCAGACCUGGUUCUGUGAAGAGGGGAGCAGAAAGUACUGGGGGUGACAGAGGAACCUCGAGAAGCGGGAGGGGGACUCACAUCCUCUCUCGGGGUCCACGGCUGAGACCCGCACAGAGGACCCGGCCGGUUGGCCCCAGCUCCCGGGUGGGCACGUGAGGCACUGGCCUUGGGGGCACAGCGCUCACAGGGACACCAGAAAAACGGUCAUCAGGAUAAAACAAUACUGUGUUGUUUUAAUAAACCCCAAGUACAAAGGACCCGCAAGAACCCAAGCGGCUCAUUUAAGACAGGGGCUCUGUGAAAAAGGGGUCUCUGUUUAGACCUCAAGACGUGGCUCUUGGGUCUCGCUCAGGAAGGAAUUCAAGGUGAGUCAGAGUGCAGUGAGAAGAGGGCGUUUGUUGAAAGUUGUCCAUUACUGAGCAAGAGGGGAGCACCCCAGCUUUACGUUUUUAGCAUACAGGUUGCUUGUCUAUGUAAAGACCAAGCCAACUGCACCUCACGUGUAUCGUCCUAUUGAUUUAAAGAAAACGAUCCUUGACGGGCUCUCGCACUGUUGCCCAGGCUGGAGUGCGGCUGCACCGUCUCGACGCAUUGUAACCUCUGCCUCCCGAGCUCAGGCGAUCCUCCCGCCUUUGCCUCCCAGUAGCUGGGACUGCAGGUGCGCACCACCAUGCCUGGCUAAUUUUAAUUUUUGUAGAGAUGGGAUCUUGCUAUGUUGCCCAGGCUGGUCUCAAACUUCUGGGCUCAAGCCAUCCUCCCACCUUGGACUCCCAAAGUGCUGGGAUUACAGGCCUGAGCCACUGCGUCCGGCCAAGGGGAUGGCCUGGAAAGCACAUGUUGUUAUGGACGCCGGCACUGGACACUGCUGUCGUAGAAGCUUUCGCCGUCAACGGCCUGUGGCCGUGGGCUGUGCUGGCGGGGAUGGGCCUCGAAGGCCUCAAGGUGGAGCUGAACUUCCACCGCUUUCUCUGGCUCUCCCAGGCUCCUGCUCCCCUCACAGCGUCUCACACAUCACACACUUCCCUUCACGCAGGGGUGUGCAAUCUUUUGGCUUCCCUGGGCCACACUGGAAGUGGAAGAAUUGUCUUGGGCCACACGUAAAAUACACAAACACUCACGAUAGUUGGUAACCUAAAAAAGGUCCUGCGUAAAUCUCAUAAUGUUUUAAGAAAGUUUCCAAAUUUGUGUUGGGCGCAUUCAAAGCCCUCAGCCCGAGGGUUGGACAAGCUUGCCCCAAAGGCACCUCUAGAUAGGCCUGCAGGAGUGGCGUCUGGCAGCUCUGGCCGGGAUCCAGGAGGAAGGGCAGGAAGGAAUCCUAUCCAGAACUCCUGUGUCCCUCAGAGAGCCCAGCAGGGUGAGGUGGGAGGGGCUGGCGCUGCCGCAGGGGGCUGACCUUGGGGGUGAGGGGCAACCUUGGAGAGGAAGCUGACCAAGAGCAGAGGCUGGGGGGGGGGGGGGCGAGGGCCCUGGGCGGUGCCCCUGUGCCCACAGCAGGACCCUGGCUGCCAGUUCUCCUCUGAAGAGGGCCAGGUGGUCAGAGGCUGCCCAGCAGGGAGAGAACAGGCCUGGUCUGGAACAGAAAUCUGCCAUCCAACCCUCUUCCAGCCUUGAAAAAGGGCCUGGGCAGCAGCAGAGGACCGGGCAGCUGGCGCCCCAUCCCGCCCACGGCAGCUGUGCCUGAGCCGGGCACUGAUGUGGCGAGCACUGCUGUGUCCUGGGCACUUGCUGGCCCCAAGACAGGAGUCCCUGUGGGCGAGGGUUGCCGAGCUUCACGGAGAUGGGUCUCUGCGCCAGGGACCUGACAGGGCAGGAAGUAGAUGGAGUCCCACAGGCAGGAACCCAUUGCACAGAAACUUGAGAGAACAGUUCUGCGAUAAAAUCAAACGGGUGAGGUGCUAGGAACUUCAAACAGGGCGAGGGUGUAGCUUUGGGGAGAGAGGGCCCCGGGGGUGAGCAGGGAGCCAGGAGAGAAGCAGUGCUCUGGAGGGCCCGGGAAGGCCUGCCUGCGUAGGAUGGGGCAGAACACCAGGGCCCAGGCUCCGGGCUGGGUGGGGCUGCCCCGGAGUCCCCCCCUGCCCUGCAGAGACAGCCAAGGGGCAGGUGGAGACAGGUGGGGGUGAGACAGGGCAGUGUUUCCUACAAUAGUUGGAACCGGCGGCAAGGGGCCCUUCAGAGACAGUGGAAGUCUCUCAAUCUCCAGCUUCUUCCCCAAGGCCACACAGCCCACUAGAAUCCACGAGGUCCACAUGUCCCUGCCCAGAGGGGCUUCCCCUCCAAUGCGUGAUGAGCACAGCUGCCAGGCCACGUCAGGGAGGCCAGGCCUGGUAUGGACGGGGUGCCCCAGGCCACUGCUGAGGAGGGAGGACGCCCAGAGGAAGGGGCAAGGUGAAGCUCAGGGCUGGCGGGGGGAGGGGUGCAGAUAGAGGGGCUCUGCAGGGCCCUGGCUCUGGUGGGCUGGGCAGGCCUGCCUGGGGCAUCAUCCAGCUGUUUAGCCUCUGAGCCACAAGACGUGUGAGGAGCACCCCAGGAGAUCCCCAGCCUGCACCUCCAGUUCCUGCUUGAUGGUGGAUGGGCUUGGACCAGCAGGUGCUGUGCCUUCUGCUGACCUCAGAGGGCAGACCCCUCGGCCAGAGGGGCGGGAGUUGAGACCAGUAGGAUGCAAACCCAAAUCUGAGGCUCCUGCAGUGGGGCACACAUCACGGCCCACGGGGCCUGGGCAGGGAACCCGAGGGCCCGCCUUGGGGACUGGGUCUGGAGGGACAGCUGGCCGGGAAGGAGCUAGGCCUAGGAUGACAGCAGAGAAGGACCGAGGCCCAGCCAGGGUGCUUCAGGUGCCUCUGGGUAGAGAGCCCGGGCACUGGUCUCAGACCUGCCCCCGCCCCUGGAACACCGGGCCAAGUGCUCCCCUUCCCUGGGCCUGUCUCCACGACUGUAAAGUGGGAGGGGGAGGCUGAAGCUCUCCCCAGCCUCUCCCGGUUGUUGAAGAGAGAGAGGCUGUGGUCAGGGGCGGUGAAGCCCACGUUGAGGGGACAAGUUCCCUGCACUCGGGGUGGACGGGGCCCAGGAGGGGGGUGGGUGCCCCCGCACCACAGAGGGGCAGCCUGGGCCUAUGAGCUCCCCCACCCUGAGCUCAGAGGGAAGAUGUCUGCCUAGGAGGUGGGGGCCAGAGAGAACAUUCUAGCCUGGAGAAUGCACCAUCCUACUCUGAGAACCCCCAUGAUGCCCCUGCCCUGCUGGGAUGCCCCUAGGGCAGUGGGGCUCCAGAGGGGUGGUCUGGAAAGGCUUCUGAGGGGAUGGGCUUGGAGGAGUUGCAGGUGGCCUUGUGGGGAAGGAGGAGGGCAGGACCCAGCUACCUGUGCACGCUGGAGCAUGUGCCUCUCACCCGUGUGCGCCUGUGUUGGCCUGUGCCUGUGUGUGUGCAUGUCUGCCGGUGCGUGUUGGCGUGCGCAUGUGUGUGUCCAUGUGCGCCGGCGUGUGCAUUGGUGUUUGCGUGUGCAUGCCUGUGCACUGGUGUGUGCGUUGGUGUGUGAAUGUGCACUGGUGUGUGAGUUGGUGUGUGCGUUGGCGUGUGUAUGCAUGUGUGCCGGUGUGUGCAUGUGCACCGGUGUGUGCAUUGGCGUAUGCAUGCGUGCGUCCAUGUGUGCCAGCGUGUGCAUUGGUGUGUGCAUAUGCGUGCAUGUGCACCAGUGUGUGCAUUGGCGUAUGCAUGCGUGCAUAUGUGUGUGUCCAUGUGUGUCAGCAUGUGCAUUGGUGUGUGCACAUGCGUGCAUGUGCAUUGGUGUGUGCUUGCAUUCGUAUGUGUGUGUGUGAGUCCAUGUGCGCCGGUGUAUGCACUGGUGUGUGCAUUGGCAUGUGGGUGUGCAUGCAUGUGUGCCGGUGUGCAUGUGUGUGCGUGCGUGUGUUGGAAGGUGUGGAGCGUGUCUUCGUGAGUCCGGAUGAGUGUGCGUGCUGCACCCUGCCAGGGCUGGGCGUGAGGCUCUGGGAAGGGUGGAGCUGGAGGCUUUUUGAGAUGACGGGGCAGAAGUGGGCUGGGGAGCGGGGAGGGCUCCGUGGGCGGGGCUGGAGCGGCUCUGCUUUUGCUGUCUCUCAUGCUGUUUCCAGCUCAAUGUGUGCCCUCAGCAAGGAUGCUGGUUCUUCAGAGGUGUCAGUACCGAGGGCCGGCACCCCACUUCCCUCCCAGAAAUCCCCCUGGGGCUGGUGCAGGAGCAGGGAACUCCCGUCACCCCUGGCCUGCUGUCGUCAGAGGGCCGGCCGCCCUCAGCCUUAAGGAGGGGCAGAGUCAGGGACCAGCCUCACUUCCCCCCAGCCCUCCUCAGACAGCCCGUGCGCAGGCUUCGGCAUCGGGGAUCACACACUCCACCGGGAGGCCAAGGCUGCCUGCAGGUCCAGCCCCAGGACCAUGAACGGCACCUACAACGCCUGCAGCUCCAGCGACCUCACCUGGUCCCCGCAGCUCAGGCUCGGCUUCUAUGCCUACUCGGGCGUCCUGCUGGUGCUGGGCCUGCUGCUCAACGGCCUGGCGCUCUGGGUGUUCCUCUGCCGCAUGCAGCAGUGGACAGAGACCCGCAUCUACAUGAGCAACCUGGCGGCGGCUGACCUCUGCCUGCUGUGCGCCCUGCCCUUCGUGCUGCACUCCCUGCAGGACACCUCGGACACGCCGCUGUGCCAACUCUCCCAGGGCAUCUACCUGACCAACAGGUACAUGAGCAUCAGCCUGGUCACGGCCAUCGCUGUGGACCGCUACGUGGCCGUGCAGCACCCGCUGCGCGCCCGUUGGCUGCGGUCCCCCCGGCAGGCUGCGGCCGUGUGUGUGGCCCUCUGGGUGCUGGUCAUCAGCUCCCUGGUGGCUCGCUGGCUCCUGGGGAUGCAGGCGGGUGGCUUCUGCUUCAGGAGCUCCCGGCACAAUUACAACUCCGUGGCCAUCUCGCUGCUGGGCUUCUACCUGCCGCUGGCCGUGGUGGUCUUCUGCUCCCUGAAGGUGGUGACUGCCCUGGCCCAGAGGCCACCCGCUGACGUGGGGCAGGCAGAGGCCACCCGCAAGGCCGCCCGCAUGGUUUGGGCCAACCUCGUGGUCUUCGUGGUCUGCUUCCUGCCCCUGCAUGUGGUGCUGACGGUGCGCCUCGCUGUGGACCUCCACGCCUGUGGCCUCCUGAAGACCCUCGGCCGUGCCCUCUACAUAACCAGCAAGCUCUCGGAUGCCAACUGCUGCCUGGAUGCCAUCUGCUACUACUACAUGGCCAAGGAGUUCCAGGAGGCGUCUGCACUGGCUGCGCCUCCCAGCGCCAAAGCCCACAAAAGCCAGGACUCUCUGUGUGUGACCCUCACCUAGGAGGCGCACUGUGGGUGCUGGCGGCCAGGCCUCGGGGGCUCCGGGAGGUGCUGCCUGCCAGGGGAAGCUGGGACCAGCAGCAGUGAGCCCAGGAUCAGCCCUGAGCUCACUGUGCACCCUCUUGGAGCCUUGGGUGGGCAAGGAUGGCCCUAACACAUGCUCUUCUGGGAAGAGAGAGGGACAGGGUUAAGGGCAAGAGGACUGAGGCCAGAGCCAGGCCAACCCGAGACCCCCAGGACGAGGCCGUACUCUUGCCACCCCCAGAGCCAGCUCACCUGGCCAGGGUGGGUUCCUGCUGGCCAGGGUGCAGCCUUGAUGACACCUGCCGCCGCCCCCUGGGGCUGGAAUCAAACGUACUACCCGGAGUCAGUCCUGGUGGGGCCCUCUGUGUUGCCCACUCAUGUGACAGGAGGCAGGGAGGGAGCAGAUGGCUCAGGGGACCAGGGGACAUCUUCCAGGGAACCCUCUGGGGCUCUUCACUUGCAGACCCUCCGUGGACCCUUUCACCCCUCCCCCCACCCAUCUGGAGGACGGGCAGGGGCUCUGGAAGCUCCUGGCAGGACCACACUAGAGGCCCCCAGGCCAGGUUUCCUCACUCAAGGUGGGCUGGGAGCAGCUGGUCUCCAUGUAGGGGCUGCACAGGGGAGCAAGCCGGGGGUGACCAAGUUCAUGCAGGUGAGGAGUGGGUUGGGAUGGGGUGGCAGUGAGGGGUGGCCAGGGUCUGCCAAGGGAUACAGCCCUCUUGUCCUUCCUUCAGGGAAAGGCUGGAAGCCAUGUCUGACAGGGGCAGGGACUGGGUGCCCACCCAGGCAGAGGUGGGCAGCCUGCUGGUUUCUAUGUGGAGGGCAUCUUGAAACCCACGCUGGUUGGAUGGAGCUCUCCAGAGACCUCCUGUGAGUGUGGACCAGCUGGCCUGGGCUCGCACCCACCCUGUAUGGAGACGCCCAUACUGUGUCUCCACGGGCACCGCCCCACCCUGCUCUACAUUCUGCAGGACUGGAGAGAGAUGGCAGUCAGGUUCUGGCAGAGGCACGGCACAAGCAUGCAGCCAACGUGGGGCAGGCAGAGGCCACCUGCAAGGCCACCCACGUGGUCUGGGCCAACCUCAUGGGAUUUGUGGGCCCCAGGCUCAGGAGAGCCCAUGCCUAGGAGAGCCCCAUGAAGCCCCUGUGCCUAAAAGGGUGCAUGCCCAGGAGGAUUCAUGAGCAGGAGGGCCCCAUUCCCAGAAGGGUCCUGUGCCCAGGAGGGCUCCAUCCCCAAAAGGGUCCCAUGUCCAGGAGGGUCCAUACCCAAACAUGUCCGUGCCCGAGGAGGGGGUUAUGGCCAGGAGGAUUCCGUGCCCGGGAGGGGCCGUGCAUGCUCAGGAGGGUUUAUGCCCAGGAAUGUCCAUGCCCAGGAAGGUCUAUGCCCAGGAGGGUCCAUGUCAAGGAGGGCCCAUGCCCAGGGAGGUUCAUAUCCAGGAGCAUCCAUGUCAGAGAGGUUGCAUGCCCAGGAGGGUCCAUGCUGAGGAGGGCCCAUGCACAACAGAGCCCUGUGCCCUGGAAGGACCAUGUCCAGGAGAACCCCAUGCCCAGGAGGGUUUGUGCCCAGUAAGGUCCAGGAAGCCCCAUUCCCAGGAGGAUCCAUGCCCCAGAGGGCUGAUACAGUUAGGCUUUGUGUCCCCACCCAAUCUCACCUUGAAUUGUAGUGGCUGUAAUACCCAUAGUCCCCAGGUGUCAAGGGAGAGACCACGUGGAAGUAAUUGAAUCAUGGGGGCUGUUUUUCACAUGCUGUUCUCAUGAUAGUGAGUCCUCAUGAGAUUUGAUGGUUUUACAAGGAGCUCUGCCCCCUUCACUUGGCACUUCUCCUUCCUGCUGCCUUGUGAAGAAAGUGCCUUGCUUCCCCUUUACCUUCUGCCAUGGUAGCAAGUUUCCUGAGGCCUCCUCAGCCAUGCUGAACUGAGAGUCAAUUAAACCUCUUUCAUUUAAAAUUACCAGUCUCAGGCAGUUCCUCACAGCAGUAUGAAAACAGACUCAUACAGUAAAUUGGUACCAAAGAGAGUGGGGUGCUUCUAUAAAGAUACCCAAAAAUGUGGAAGUGACUUUGGAACUGGGUAAUAGUCAGAGGUUGGAACAGUUUGGAGGACUCAGAAGAAGACAGAAAGAUGUGGGGAAGUAUGGAAUUUCCUAGAGACUUGUUGAAUAGCAGCGAUAUGGACAAUGAAUUCCAGGCUGAGGUGGUCUCAGAUGGAGAUGAGGAAUUUGUUGGAAACUGGAGUAAAGGUGGUUCUUGCUAUGUUUUAGCAAAGAGAUUGGCAGCAUUUUGCCCCUUCCAUAGAGAUGUGUGGAACUUUGAAAGUGAGAGAGCUGAUUUGGGGUAUCUGGCAGAAGACAUUUCUUAGCAGCAAAGCAUUCAAAAUGUGAAUUAGAUGCUCUUAAAAGCAUUCAAUUUCAUGCAUUCGCAAAGACACGAUUGGGAAUUGGAACUCACAUUUAAAAGGGAACCAAAGUAUAAAAGUUUAGAAAAUUUGCAUCCUGACUAUGGAAGAGAAAAGAAAAACCAAUUUUCUGAGGAGAAAUUCAAGCCAGCUGCAGAAAUUUGCAUAAGUAACUAGGAGCCGCAUGUUAACAGCCUAGACAAUGGGGGAAAUGUCUCCAGGGCAUGUCAGAGGUCUUCACAGCAGCCCCACCCAUCACAGGCCUGGAGGCCUAGGAGGAGAAAAUGGUUUUGUGGGUGGGGCCCAGGGCCUGCUGCUUGGUGCCCUGCAUCACAGCAGUGGCUAAAAAGGGCCAAUGUACAGCUCAGGCCUUUGCUUCAGGAGGUGCAAGCCCCAAGCCUUGGUGGCUUACAUGUGGUGUUGGGCCUGCAGGUACACAGAAGUUUGCUGCACUGGUGCCACCCUCCUGUAGAACCUCUGCUAGAGCAGUGUAGAAGGGAUAUGUGGGGUUGGAGCCCUCACACAAAGUCACUGCUGGGGUCCUGCCUACUGCUGGUGGAGCUGAGAAGAAGGCCACCACCCUUAGACCCCAGAAUGGUAGAUCCACUGACAGCUUGCACCAUGCACCUGGAAAAACCACAGACACUCAACACCAGCCUAUGAAGGCAGCUGGAGGGGAGGCUGUACCCUGCAAAGCAUCGGGGUGGAGCUGCCCAAGGUCGUGGAAGCCCACCUCUUACAUGAGCCUGACCUAGAUGUGAGAUGUGGAGAUCAUUUUGGAGCUUUAGGUUUUGACUGCUCUGCUUGAUUUUGGACUCUCAUGGGGCCUUUGGCCCCUUCAUUUUGGCCAGUUUAUCCCAUUUGGAAAGGAUGUGUUUACCCAGUACUUGUACUCCCAUUGUAUCUAAUAUGUAACUAACUUGCUUUUGAUUUUACAGGUUCUUAGGCAGAAGGGACUUGCCUUGUCUCAGAUGACACUUUGGUCUUGGACUUUUGGGUUAAUGCUGGAAUGAAUUAAGACUUUGGGGGACUCUCGGGAAGACAUGACUGGUUUUGAAAUGUAAAAGAGAUGUGAGAUUUGGGAGGGGCUGGGGCGGAAUGGUAUAAUUAGGCUUUGUGUCCCCACCCAAAUCUCAUCUUGAAUUGUAGUCCCCACAUGUUAAGGAAGAGAACAGGUGCAGGUGAUUGAAUCAUGGGGUGGUUCCCCCAUGUUGUUCUCCUGAGACCUGGUGGUUUUACAAGGUGCUCUUCCUCCUUGAUUUGGCACCGCUCCUUCCUGCCACCUUGUGAAGGUGUUUUCUUUCCCUUUGCUUUCCACCAUGAUUGUAAGUUUCCUGAGGCCUCCCCAGCCAUGCUGAACUGUGAGUCAAUUAAACCUCUUUCCUUUAUAGAUUA